AGGCAGGUCCUUGUUCUUCACCACUACAGCGCGUCUGCACGCGCUCUCAUCACAUUCAGGCUCGGAAGAGUCUCUUGUGUGCUUCGCGCACACGAAAACACCUCUCACUUGGUAUCUUUGACGACACACCAUGAUCGGACGCAGGCAUCUACAGGAACUCGUCUUGAACGAGUUGCCCCCACCUCCAGUCGACGCAGAGAAGAUUACCGAGGUCGUAAAGCGCGCUAUAGACGCUACUAGCGGGGAGGGAACCUUGGACAACCGGAGAGGACGAUGGGAAAUUCUUCUCAGGCAGGAUAUCUUCAGGCUUGCGGCCACGGAAGCGGAGGCCUUGAAGGACCCUGAGACAGACUACUACGACCAUUUGCAACUGCGACUCGAUCUCGUGCUGACCUUUGCCGAACUCGACCUCUGCGAUCCCGGAGCCCCCCUGGCCGUGGUAGCGGACGUGCUCGAGACGCAGACCGUGCAGUCAUGCGCUGUCUUCUUCACCUGGCUGCAAUCUCGCUACAAGCGCAUCGUCCCCCUCGUCCCCAACCAGGGGAAAGGCACGAACAAGAACUCGCUGGCGCUCCUUCGCAUGCUCAAUGCACUACUAAAGCGGCUGUCGAAGACAGGCGCGACAGAGUUCUGUGGCAGAAUUAUGACGUUCCUCAGUGAUAUCUUCCCGUUGAGCGAGCGGUCGGGCGUGAACUUGCGGGGAGAGUAUGGUCCGAUGUGGGAAGGUGUCGGCUGGAAGGCAAAGGAGGACGAGAAGAAGGAUGAGGGGGGUGAUGUGAAGAUGGAGGAUAGCGAGGAGAACCCUCAGGCGACUGAGACGAAGGAGGCGGAUGCGAUGCAGGUGGACGAGGACGCGUCGAAAGCCAACAAGAUCAGCGCAGAGAAGAUGGACCUCUACCAAACCUUCUGGUCCCUCCAACUUCCCUUCUCCCGCCCUCCCCUGUUUGGCACCGACCCGGAGUUGAUGACGAGGUUCAAGGAGGGCGUGAACAAGAUCCUACCCGUCAUCAAGGAAGCCACCGCGAAGGAGCGCGCCAUGAUGGGCAGCCGCUCCGGCGUGAGCUCGGGCACGAAGCGCAAGCGCGAGCCCGACACGACCGCGGACGCCAACUCGGCCGAGUACUUCUUCGCCAAGUACCUCACAAGCCCGGAGCUGCUCGACCUCGAGAUCGCGGAUACGCAGUUCCGGCGGCAGUUCCUGUUUCAGCUGCUCGUGCUGCUGAACCACCUGCUGACGUUCACGCCGAAUGCGAAGGUGCUGUAUGCGGGGAACAAUCGAAGCGUGCAGAUGGACUUUACGCUCGAGGGCGAGAACGAGCGGUGGGUGGUGGAUACGGCAAGGAAGGCGAUGGAGGAGCUGAAGCAGACGACGCCGAAUGGGCGGCUGUUUGCGGAUACGGUGUCAGUCAUCCUGGAGCGGGAGCGGAACUGGGUGGCGUGGAAGGCGGCGACAUGCUUGCCCAAGUUCGACAAGGAGCCCUGGAGCGAGGAGGUGGGAGAGAGAAGGGUAUGGUCGCUAGGGAAGGCGACGGAGGAGGCAAGGGAGAAGAUGAGGGAGCCACCAAAACCCUGGCCUCACCCUCUGGGCACGGCCCCUCUGUCUGAGGUGUGGGGGACUGGAUAUCACGACAUCUCUAGCCUUGCGUUGCGGGAGCCAGAUGAGGACCGCGAGGAGACAUCACCAGAAGAUGAGCUGCAGGGCUGGGUGAGGAAGGCUCAGGCUGAGCAGAAGAAGAUCGACCUGCGCAUGGCACAGCUGGAGCGCAGCAGGCCCAAGCCAAAGCCCGCCUCGCCGCCACCGCCUCCCGCUCCGGCUGCGGAAGGCGAGGAAGUCAAGCAAGAAGCUGCGGACGCUCCGAAGCCUGAACCAGCGCCAGCAGACAAGAAAGCACCGCCGCCACCACCGCCAAUUAAUGAUUCGUUCAUCAACAAAGCUGAGCAGGCAAAAGAACGAUGGAACUGGCUCGGGCUCCGCGCUGUGCGGACGUCCCUCUACUGCUCCUUCGCUGGUGCGCAAGCUGCGCCGUGCAAGAACGAGGUGGAGGAGUGGGAGAGGCACAUCAUCACCCAACGCCAGAAAGAGAAAGAGAAGGCGGAGGCGGCAGGAAAGGAGGAAGAGGCAGGGACGGCGAGUCCGAUGCCACGGGCUGCGGCGCCUACAUCGAGCUCAGGCUCGCCUCCAGCUACUGCAGCUUCUGACUCUGCUCCUCCCGCACUUGACACGGUCAGUGCUCCUACGAGUGCAACUGAGCCUGCGCCGGAGGCUGCGAAGAUGGAGGUAGAUGCGUGAGUAGCGUAGAUUGUUCAACGACAGACGAUUCGACUUGGGAAAAGUCAUGCCA